GGGGGGUGGCAGCGUCAGCGUGGCUGUCUGGCCUGUCCCCAACUUCCCACAGCCGCUUCCCCUUCCCUGGCGUCUGCAGCGGGCUCUCGGCAGGGAGAGGGUCUCGCCGUCCCGCGGCGCUGGCCCAGCAGCUCCCUGCACCAUGCGGGCGUUUCUCCGCUGGCCGGGGCAGCUUCUGGCGGUGGUGGUGCUUGCGCUGCAGCCAGCUGGGACUCUCGAGGGUCAGUGUCGCGUCCCAGGUGUCACCCACGGACAGCUGAAACCUGCACAGAACUUCACCUACGGCAGCACAGCCACGCUUGAGUGCGAUGCCGGCUACGUCCCCGUGGGUGCCACCACCACCCUGCGGUGCCUCAGCAGUGGCAGAUGGUAUCCGUGGGUGCCUGCCUGCGUCCCAGGUCAGUGUCCCUCCCCUCCUGCCGUCGACCAUGCGGACCGAAACCCUCAGCGCGAGUUUCCAGUCGGGACAACCGUGACCUACUUCUGCAGAACUGGAUACACUUUGGUCCCCGAAGUCUCUCCAGUAACUACGUGCCUUAAAAACUUCACAUGGUCCGUAAUUCCAAAGAUUUGCGAGAAGACGCGGUGUCCCAGCCCGGCCAUCCAGCACGGGAGAGAGAUCAGCCCCCAAAAAGCUGAAUACACCUUUGGGCACCAGGUGGAUUUUCAGUGUGACGCCGGCUACACGCUGAGGGGCAGCCAGAGGAUCCAGUGCUGGUCUGACGGGACGUGGAGACCCCCCGUGCCGUACUGCGACAAGGUUUGUGGCCCCCCUCCAAAAAUCGCCAACGGGCAGCACUCUGGCUUGAGAACAGAGCAGUUCCCGUAUGGCUUAGAAGUAAAAUACAGCUGCGCGGAGGGUCUGUCCCUCAUCGGGGAUGACUCCAUCUACUGCACCUCCGACGACGGGGUGAACCUGGCGUGGAGCGGAGCUGCCCCGGAGUGCAGGGUGGUUCGGUGCCCCAGGCCCUCGGUCGAGAGGGGAAGGAUGACUCCGCAGAGGUUCACCUUUCCCUACGGGGCGGCCGUGCAGUUCUCCUGCGACGAAGGCUUCGUGCUGCGCGGUGAUGCCGAGAGCCGGUGCCAGGCCGACGGCACCUGGCAGCCUCCCCUGCCCACCUGCCAGCCAGUUCUGUGUCCGCAACCACACAUGGUCAACGGAAGGCUGAAAAGCACUUUGGAUAGUAAAAUGUGGUACCAAACAAAUGCGACUGUUACUUUUGAAUGCCUUAAAGGAUACCACUUUUCAGACAAUGGAGACGUGUCUUCAGAAGACUCUCGGACAGCCACGUGCUUGCCUGACGGCAACUGGACUCCGCUGCCCAAGUGUAAGCAAGACCGUGACACUGAUGUGUGCGAAGAGAUUCAUUAUAUUGGAGCGGUCUUUGAAUGCGGUGUGCCUAUCGCAGAACUGAAAACUCUGCUGGAAAUACAAAAACUGUUUCUGGAGAUUAAAAAACUAAAGGUGGAACUAGAAAACUUGAAUAAGAGUGUCCUGUAACAGCCACCCUUGGUGAACAUGCAGUUCGUGCAGUCAUAGUAUCUACAUGAAGGCUCUUGGCGACAUUACAAUUCAUGUUUGCAUACAUAUAGCCAGGGAAAUAACCACCAAUGUAUGGGAGACUGCUUUUGCCAUACUAGAUACUAGAGCAUCGAGGGGUUUUUACUCUUUUCCUUAAGACUGACAAGCUUGAUCCACUCUUGCACCAAUGUGUUGUUUCACAUUUUAUUUUAGGAAGCGUGGUAAGAAGUUAAAUUGAGCUGCUUUGAGUCACUGCAUAAACUGUGCUAAGCCAAGAGAAGGGGGACUGAAGUCCACAGAAGUAAACUUCUAGCUAGGAUGAGUGUCUGGCUCUCUGAAGGUCCUUCUGCUGUAAUCCUCCAGCUGGUAGUUUGCGCAAUGCCGCAUCCUCUGCCCGUACCGAACUCAGCCUGUCCUAGCAUUAACAUACUUCUUCUAUCUAGAAAUAGUAGUGAAGCGAGUGUUUCACUAUGUGAUUUCCUGUUAAUCUAGCUCGUGAUUUUUAUUCUUCUAGUUAAGGGCAGCUGCAUAUAGAAGUGCCUUUGUAAAGGCUCCUAUUCCCUUAUUCCUGGAUUUAAAACAGGCAACAGGUUUCUGGCCCAGCACUGUACUCGACAGACAUCUGUGGCGGUGUCAUCUUCCAUGUCCCUAUUUCCAGCAAGCAAAUGCUAAGAAUAGAUGUUCUAAGCCCAAGUGUAGAGAAUCAGGCAGCAAAGAUUGUUCUUAUUACUUAAUAACCGAUGAUCAGUUUAUGUAGCUCUGUGAUGCAGCAAUUGCUUCUUCCCUUCAGGAUUACAAUAAAGAUGCAGGUGUAA